AUGGCUCCCUCGCUAUCUUUCUUCCUGGGGUCUAUAUUCUGGGCCUCUGUAGCUGUUGCAGACACCCGGAUAUAUGAUUUCAACAUCACGUGGGUUUCAGCAAAUCCAGACGGCCUGUAUACUCGCCCUGUGAUUGGAAUCAAUGGCCAAUGGCCGAUUCCCACGAUCAAAGCCUCAGUGGGCGACCGGCUUAUCGUCAACGUGCACAAUCAGUUGGGAAACGAGAGCACAUCUCUCCAUUUCCAUGGACUCUUUCAGAAUGGCACCACCGAGAUGGAUGGCCCUGCAGGGGUUACGCAAUGUCCCAUCCCACCGGGAAGUUCUUUCACCUACAACUUCACCAUCGAUCAACCGGGUACCUACUGGUAUCAUUCGCAUCUCAUGGGCCAGUACCCGGACGGUCUGCGUGGGCCGCUGAUCGUCGAAGAUCCCAACUCGCCAUAUAAGGGGAAAUACGACGAAGAGUUCGUUCUGACUCUGUCAGACUGGUACCAUGACCCGAUGCGGUCUCUGCUGAAAUCAUUCCUGAGCUAUACCAACCCGACAGGCGCGGAACCUGUGCCAAAGUCAGCAUUGAUGAACGACACGCAGAAUGCGACCAUCGCCGUUGAACCGGGAAAGACGUAUUUUUUCCGUAUCAUUAACAUGGGCGCCUUUGCUGGCCAGUAUUUCUGGAUUGAAGGCCAUAAGAUGCGUAUUGUCGAAGUCGACGGAGUGUGGACGAAUGAGGCAGAAGCAGAUAUGUUGUACGUUGCUGCCGCGCAGAGAUACGGAGUGCUGGUGACGACGAAGAACGACACCUCUGCCAACUUCCCCAUCGUGAGCAGCAUGGAUCAGGACAUGUUUGAUAAAGUUCCUGCAGGACUGAACCCGAAUGUCACGAGCUAUCUGGUCUACGACAGCACGAAGAGCUUACCACCGCCUCAGGCCAUGGAUGAGUUCAGCCCGUUUGAUGAUUUCUCCCUCGUCCCAAGUGAUGGCCUGGGGAUUUUUGACAAGGUUGACCAUUCGAUCACCUUGCGAGUAAAAAUGGAUAAUCUCGGAGACGGAAUAAUGAGAGUGCCCACUCUCUACACUGCUCUCUCCGCUCCGGCAGACGUCGUCACCAACGCCAGCAUCUACGGCGUCAACAGCAAUUCCUUCGUGCUCAACCACGGCGAAGUCGUCGAGCUGGUUAUCAACAAUGAUGACCACGGAAAACAUCCGUUCCACCUGCACGCACACAACUUCCAGGUGGUCGCUCGGGCCGACGACGAUGCUGGCUUCUACGACCCGACCAACGUCACGUUUCCCCAAGUCCCCAUGCGUCGAGAUACCAUCCUUGUUCGUCCUUCGAGUAACGCUGUCCUCCGCUUCCGCGCCGACAACCCUGGUGUGUGGCUCUUCCACUGCCACAUCGAAUGGCACAUGAACAGCGGGCUGGUCGUGACCAUGGUCGAGGCCCCGCUCGAGUUGCAGGCCCAGAAGCGUGGCCAAGGCAUCCUGAGUCUGCCGGCCGACCAUAUCGCUGCCUGCAAGGCGGGAGGUAACCUGUAUGAAGGAAACGCAGGAGGUAACACUGUCGACUGGUUCGACCUCCAGAACGCAAACUACCAACCGGCCCCGCUCCCCAAAGGCUUCACAGCCAGGGGUAUCGUUGCGCUGGUGUUCAGUAUCAUUUCGGCAUUCCUAGGACUAGCAGUCAUUAGCUGGUACGGAGCUGCAGAGAUAAAGCCUUCUGCUGCUGCCGGAAAGGGCAGCAAAUGA